GGAGGGCGGCGCGGCGGGAGCGCGGGAGGAGGGGGAGGAAGGAGAGGAAGGAGAGGAAGGAAAGCAGGAGGAGGAUGAAGCGCACGGCGCCCCGCAGCACUUUGCGGAAAAUAAUAAAGAAGCACAAGCCGCAGUUACGCCUGGCGGCGAACGCCGACCUGCUGGUUCAUUUGAACUUCUUAGUUUUUCUCCACCGGCUAGCAGAAGAAGCCAGGACAAAUGCUUUUGAGAAUAAAAGUAAAAUAAUUAAACCCGAGCACACCAUAUCUGCAGCAAAGGUUAUUUUAAAGAAAAGCAGAGGCUAGAAAACAGACCACUGGAACUUGAAAGCACAUUUUUCAAUGUUUUCUAACUAACUUGAGUUAUACUGUGAGCCAGCUUUAGCACUUGUGGAAUGAUGUAGUUUUGUUGACAUCUAUCUCCUGACUGACUAUCUUUACGUUUCUUAAAAAAAAAAAAAAAAAUUAAAAAUCUUAGAAUGUAUAUUUUCAUACACUUCAUGAAUAAUUUAAAAAUGUCUGUCAGUUGUCACUUAAGACUUUUGAUGUACCUUUUUUCAUAAUGAUGGAGGAAUGCUUGUACCAUAGAUACUCUUUGGGCACAAUGUGGCAUUUAUUAUUAAAAGUGUGAAACUUCUUAAGGGGUAGUAAAAAAAAAAAAAAAACCACCACAGGUUUCACUAAAUCCAGUAUAGAUUGUGCAGUUCGGAGCAGAUAUACUAGCUAAACAAAAUUAUGGCUUUCAAAACAAUCACUGUAGAAACAAGUGUAUUAAAUACCUUGUCUACAGUUUAUUUAUGUCUUGAUAAUUUUAAAAUUACUUUGAAAAGUAGGUUAAAACUUGUGUUCUGGGGAAAGAAUACAUAGUUGUUAUUUUGAAUCAUGGUCUGAACAAUUAAGCUGACCUGUUUGAUGUGGUGUAUGAGACAACUUGGUGGUCUGUAAUUCAGUUGGUGUGGACAGAUGCACAGUUUAUGGAAAAGAAAAGAUCUGGCACAGCUGAUGUUUUCAAAGUCAGAUCUUAUAAAAAUAACAAAGAUAAGUUGCCCUGAAUGUCGAGCUAUUUCCUUCCCCCUUCUGAGUGUCAUGCUAACUUGUCAGAAGUCUGGAAAUGUACAUUAUAUAAAAAUGUCUUCUUAAAUUAAGAUAAUAUUCUGUUCCUAUUCUGAUAUUUGUAGUCAUUUAUGGAAUACUUCGCUUAAUAAAUAUUAAUAAAGGUAUAGAUGAACCUCA